AAAUGCAAAAAUUUCUAGCGAUAAAAAAAAAAAUAGAAGAAUUAAAGAGAAACGGAACCUAAUCCCUUAAACCUCACCGGCGAAGAAGAAGAAUGGCAUUCUCGUCUCCUUCGCUCCUCCGUCUUCUCCCUCACCAACCCUUCGCUCUAACAACCUCAAAACGACACCUUUUCUUAUCCUUUAACCACGAAUCUUCAUCAUCAUCUUUUCCGGUCAGAAUUCCGUCUCUCGUAGCAGCCGCCGUCUCCUCAAAAUCCUCCACCGGGACAAAACCAAAAUCCAAAUCAAAAGCCAAACCUCCUCCUCCUCCAGUAGCUGAAGAUGAAACAGGAACAGAGGAAUCAGAAACGGUCAACAUUGCCGAAGACGUAACUCAAUUGAUUGGAAGCACACCAAUGGUGUAUCUCAACAGAGUCACCGAAGGGUGCGUGGCUGACGUCGCUGCAAAGCUCGAAUCAAUGGAGCCUUGUAGAAGCGUCAAAGACAGGAUUGGUCUCAGCAUGAUUAACGAGGCAGAAGACAGAGGAGACAUAACUCCUAGAAAGAGUGUGUUGGUUGAGCCAACGACGGGGAACACUGGCCUAGGGAUAGCUUUUGUGGCUGCAGCUAGAGGGUACAAGCUUAUAGUGACUAUGCCAGCUUCUAUAAACGUCGAGAGAAGGAUGCUUUUACGCGCGCUAGGAGCGGAGAUUGUGCUGACGAGUCCAGAGAAAGGUCUCAAAGGCGCGGUGGAUAAGGCUAAAGAGAUUGUUGUGAAGACCAAGAACGCAUAUAUGUUUCAGCAGUUUGAUAAUACGGCUAAUACAAAGAUCCAUUUUGAGACUACAGGACCGGAGAUUUGGGAAGAUACAAUGGGGAAUGUUGAUGUGAUUGUUGCUGGGAUUGGAACUGGUGGGACUGUAACUGGUACAGGAAGUUUCUUGAAGAUGAUGAACAAUGAUAUUAAGGUAGUUGGCGUUGAACCAUCAGAGAGAAGUGUGAUCUCUGGAGACAAUCCUGGUUAUAUACCGGGAAUCUUGGAUGUUAAGCUACUCGAUGAAGUGGUUAAGGUUAGCAAUGAAGAAGCAAUUGAGAUGGCGAGAAGACUAGCUUUGGAGGAAGGGUUACUAGUUGGGAUCUCGUCUGGAGCAGCUGCAGUAGCAGCAAUCAGCUUAGCUAAAAGAGCUGAGAACGCCGGGAAACUCAUCACGGUUCUGUUUCCGAGCCAUGGUGAAAGGUAUAUCACAACGGCUCUGUUUAGUUCCAUCAACAAAGAGGUUCAAGAGAUGAGCCAUUAGGAGCAGCAGCUAUAAGAGAAACCCUUGAAGUAUAGUGUAAACUACAAGUCUCUCUCUACAAACUUGGAAACGUUUUGAGAUACAAGCCUUGACUUCACAGGGUUUUGAGAAGACCACGCGGGGAUUGAGAGAUGAAUCAAACAGUUUUUUUUCCAGAGAUUUUGUGAUGUAAAUCUUAACCUAGUCUUAUUACUUCUUCUUAUCGCUUAUAUCUUGGGGCUCAAGUUACAGAAGUGUAUAAGAGUGAAUUUGAAGUUAAUUAGGAGUGCAACAAUGAUUUGGAACAAUCAACUAAAAGUUUAAU